CAACUGUGUCGCGUAGCGUCGCGCUCUUUAACCAGUCCAACACUGCGAUCGCAUCGCUAUGGCUAUUGUGCAGGUUUUUAUGAUUUUGCUGAUCGCCGCAAUCACGUUGGCUUUGCAUUUCAUUCGUAAACAUCUCAACUACUGGGCCGAGAGGGGAGUUGUCCACGAGAAGCCACAUUUAUUCUAUGGCAAUAUGAAAGCUGUCGGCUCAAAGCAGCCACUGAAACAGCCAUUCCAUGAUUUGUAUCAAAAAUACAAAGACAAGGCCCCAUUUGGGGGUUUCUAUUUAAGUCUGCGCAAGGCGGUGGUGCUGUUUGACCUUGAACUAAUUAAACGGGUUAUGAUAACCGAUUUCAAUGAUUUCUCGCAUCGCGGCGGCUACUACAACGAGAAAGAUGAUCCGCUAUCGGGACAUCUGUUUCAGCUGGAUGGUCCCAGAUGGAAACAGAUGCGGAUGAAAUUGACACCCACAUUUACAUCGGGCAAAAUGAAAUUCAUGUUUCCCACUGUGGUGGAGGUGGGCGAAAGGUUCAUCAACGUUUUAAGCGAUCUAAUACAGAAAGAUGACGUCGUAAAAGAAGGCCUGGAGAUACGAGAACUUUUGGCCCGUUUCACCACAGAUGUGAUUGGCUGUUGCGCCUUUGGUUUGGAAUGCAAUAGUUUGAAGGAUCCGGAAGCAAAAUUUCGAAAAAUGGGUCAAAAAGUCUUCACCGAACGUCGCCAUGGCCGCUUGUUGUUUGCCUUUGCCCAAGCUUUUCCCGAUUUGGCUCGCAAGUUUGGCAUGGCCUUCAUACCCGAGGAUGUCAGCCAGUUCUUUAUGAAGGUGGUCAAAGACACUGUGGAAUAUAGGGAGCGUGAAAAGGUGGAGAGAAAUGAUUUCAUGAAUCUCUUGAUAGAAUUGAAAAAUCGCAAUGACACUGAAGGUCUGACUUUGGAACAAAUAGCCGCCCAGGCCUUUGUUUUCUUUUUGGCUGGCUUCGAGACUAGUUCGAGCACCAUGGGUUUCGCUCUCUACGAAUUGGCCAUUCAUCAGGAUAUGCAAACAAAGGUGCGCCAAGAAAUCAAUGGUGUCUUGAAGCAGUACGAUGGCAAAUUGACCUAUGAGGGAGUUAAAGAGCUCAAAUACCUACAACAGAUUUUAUAUGAGACCAUGCGCAAAUAUCCAGUGGCCUCUUUGGUGGUACGCAAAGCCUUGGUGGACUAUAAAGUGGCCAAUUCGCCCUACACCAUUGAAAAGGGUACCGUAGUCAUUAUACCCAUUGAUGCCAUACAUCAUGAUGCGGCUAUUUAUCCCAGUCCCUCGGAAUUCAUACCAGAACGUUUCGCUGCAGAAGAGAUAGCCAAGAGGCACUCCAUGUCUUGGAUACCAUUUGGUGAGGGUCCCAGAAAUUGCAUAGGCCUUAGAUUUGGCAAAAUGCAGGCCAUGGUAGGUCUGGCAUUGCUGCUAAGAAAUUUCAAAUUUACCCUGUCCGCAAAGACACCAGUGCCGUUGGUCUAUGAUGAGAAGGCAGUGGUGUUAACUGCCAAAGGAGGAAUCUAUCUUAACUUGGAAGCGAUACAAGCUUAGAAAGUAUUUUGAAGUAUUUUUCUUCUUUUUUUUUUGUGUUAUAUUUCAAUGUGUUGUGAUAUAAAAUUCGUAAUAAGUGUAUCUAUAAGGCUUCUAAACACGGCAACAGAAUUGUUGA